CAAAACAACAAAUCAGUCAUAAUUCUUACGGCAAACGUUAAGGAACAUAGCGACCGUAGUGACACAGUCAGUUCAAUUUUUAUGAGAAAAAAUAUGAAAAAUAGUUAAAAUAACGGAUUUUUUAUUAAAAAUAAAAAUUAAAUAUUUAAAAAAUAAAAAAACAAUAAUAAAUGGACAUGUUUUUGUACAACAUAUAUACUAUUCUUUACAAUUUUGAACCUAUAAGCUAGUAGUGUCUUCUUUGUGUGUCAAACAUUAUUUAAUUAAAAAAACAACAAAAAUAACAACAAAAAACAAUAAAUAUUACUAUUAUCCAUAGUAUAUUGCCGAAGCUAACUGUAAACGACGGUACACGUGUAUGAAGUGAUUGCUUCAUCAUUGUUAUUGUGUUGAAUUUCAUAAUAAAUGCGCGAGACAUUAACAUUAUUAAGAGCACCAUUAAUAGAAUAUUACAUAGAAAAAUAAGCAAAUGCACAGUGAUACAUACAAACAGUUAUAGUACAUGUAAAUGACAAGUUGAUUUCGGUGAGAAAGCGGAAAAAACGCCAAAAACCCAAAUGAAAAGCGCAUUUUAUCUAAUAAAUAAAGAAGGAAAGCAAUAAAAAAAACAAAUUUUGUAUAAGAAAAAGAAAAACAACAAUAAAUACAAGCAGCGCAACAAAAACACCGCGCAAUUAGAACUUUCGACAAUUACCGUUCCCAUUCGCCAUUCGGGCUAAAAGCAGGCGUUUGCUAAAAUUGCGCCAUUCAUUCAUUCGGCUUUCAGCUAACGACAGCGCCAUACGUCAGCUGUGCGUGGCGGCAUAAAUAAAAUUUUUGCCAAAACAAAUCUAACAUAGUACGAGUACAACGCUUGAAGUUAAAAGCACAGCGUGUCUGCAAUGUGAAAAUUUGCGAGCAAAACAAAUAAACAGAAAUUGUGUCACUAUUAUAAGCAUAAAGUGUGUUUAGUUUUUUAUAUGUGAACAUACAUACAUACAUAUAUGCGCAACAGCUCAAAGAAGAAAAAAAAAACAAUAAUAAAUAAACAAUAAUAACAACAAUAACUACUAGUGUUAAGUAGUUGCUUUCGAAGAGACUUCAAAACGCACUCUCAAACUAAUAUUUGUGUGAAGUUAGUGAGCAUAGACGCAUUGUAAUUGGAACAAAAAAGCAAAAACAUUAAUAAAAUUUGCGUAAAACAACAACAAAAACAUUAAUACAAAUAAUAAGUACGAGUGUAAUGCGCAGAAAGCAUUUGCUCUAAAAAGAAUUGUGAAGAAUCCGCAAAUAAACUGUGAUUUCAUUUAAAGAAACAUUCGUUUAAGCUUAACUACAGUUAGCAACAAUAGUAAGCUUGUCUUCAAAGACCUAUUACAUGUUGGACUCAACUAUUGCAGACAACGGUAGAGGCAUUUUCGAUUUGGAUGCAACCUACAAAUCCAACAACAACAAAAACACUGAACUUUACAACAACAAUUGUAAUAAUCUUAACCAACAACAAUUAGAACUCUUGCAACAGCAGUACAACAAACGGAAUACAGUUGCUGAGCUGAUCGCACGCCAACAACAACAUCAGCAACAACUGUCCAAUGAUAUCAGCUCCUCCGUCAAUAGUGAGGUUUUGAAUAGUGGAAAUUUCGUUACUGAUAUGCCGGAAAUCCUCAGCGUUGCGGCCUUAAAUACUAACCAUCACAAGAACAACAAUAGCCUAAGUUCAGCGGUAGCAGGUUCGAAUACAAAAACAGCCGCAAUGCACAACGUACGCUUACCGUCCAUUUCGCCGACACUGUCAUUGAACGGCAGCUCAAAUGAUGCAAACAAUGUACACGGCUACUCCAUGUACGGCCCAAUCAGUCCACAAUCCAGCGAUAGCGGUCACAGUCUACCCGAUAACAUGUCGCAUGGCAAACAAUACCGCAACAGCUUCAGCGGUUCCAACAGUUCUUUCGACUCGCACAACAUGUCGAAAUCUUCACAACAGUCGCAAGCGCAUAAGGAUCUGUUCACACAGCGCAAACAGCGCGAAUUCACGCCGGACAGCAAGAAGGAUGACAGCUAUUGGGAUCGACGUCGGCGCAACAAUGAGGCGGCCAAGCGCAGUCGCGAGAAGCGUCGCUACAACGAUAUGGUCUUGGAACAGCGUGUCGUUGAGCUGACCAAAGAGAAUCAUGUGCUCAAGGCGCAAUUGGACGCUAUCAAGGAUAAGUUCAAUAUUUCCGGUGAGAAUUUGGUGAGCGUCGAACAGAUUCUGGCUUCAUUGCCGACCAGCGAGCAAGUGUUGAGUAUUACAAAGCGUGCCAAAAUGCAAAUAAAUGGCGGCGCUUUCAAUGGCGCCACCACCGCGGUACCCACAUCCAUAGUCUACAGUAUACCGGCGCCGACACCGGGUGGUGGCAUGCAGAACACCAACAGCAUGGCACAAACGCCCACAUCCAGUGGCAUACUUACACCGCAGAAGUCGAACACGCUGAAUCAGGUGGCGAAUAGCGAUGCGAGCAGCGCACUCAACGGCGACAACGGCUUGUUGUGCAAAGCUUCGCAACAGUCACUGCAGCAGGCCAUGAAGAAUGUGAACCAAACGAAUAUGGCCAAUACAUUAACACAUCCGCAUGCGUUAUCAUCAUCCGUCGCACAUCUGCAAAUGUCCAGCUCACCAGUACACCUCACAACCGAGCACUAUCAACCACCACCACCCCUGCCACACAACCCCAACUACAAUGCUGAAAUGGCACGUGCAAAUAACACGAGCGUUCUAAGUAACGGCAACGCUAACGUUAAUGCGCCCACACAUUUGGAGCAUGCACGACAUCACGCUACAGCAGCGCCAACGCAACAACAACCACCAACUCCGUCCAAUUUGCAGAAUUUGCAUGUGCUGCAAGCGCUCAAUCGCAAUGUCAACUGCGAUGAUCUCGAUAAUUUGCGUAAAGUUGUUGCUGUAGUGGGUGCCGCCAUCAACACGAAUGGCGAUCCGGCCGAUGCCGUCGACGCGCCACUCUAUAGCGCACCGGUAACAGCACCACUCUACGUGCCACCACAUCCCGCCAGCAUGUAUGCCUACAGCACAAAAGAACAAGUAACAGCGUCCAGUCAGAGCCUCGAUAACGGCUAUCACACAAAAUCACCCGAAGCCAAUGGUGUCAGCUCAAGCGCUGUGGAUGCCGUCUCGUCCUCAUCUGUAAACAGUAAUGGCGUUGCCAAUGGUGGCAACGAUGUGCUAAAUUUAUCGCGUCGCGCUUGCUCUCCCGCAUACGAGCAUAUGCUCUCCUCCACCAUCUCCUCCUCGGCCUCCUCAUCCGGUGUCGUCUCCGGCGAUGACGAACACGAACCGGAUGGCGUCGACGAUAUCGAGCACAAUCAAGCGGUGAAUAUCAGCACCACCAGCCCCAGCAGCAGCGAUUCAAAUAACUGUCUGCCACUCAAAUUGCGACAUAAGUCGCACUUAGGCGAUAAGGAUGCGGCUGCAACAGCGCUGCUGGCGCUACAACAUAUCAAACAGGAGCCGGUGAGUAAUCGCGCUUCACCACCCGGUUGGGUGGAUAAUGGCGAUAAUUCAAGUGAUGAACGCGAUUCGGGCAUCUCGAUCGGCAGCGCUGAGUGGAACGCACAAUUUCAACGUAAAGCUGAGAAGCCCAACUCAAUUGUGGGCGUAACACCAACGGAACGCGAGCACAUACUGAAAUCGCAUUUGGCACGACUGGAAUCGGAGGUGGCUAACAUAAAGAAUAUGAUGAUCCUGUCUGUGGAUCAAUUGAAUACACCGGCAGAUCUGAAGAUUUAAGCGCAAAAUUGAAGCUGCUACGUGAGGGUGCGUGUGUGGUUCAUCGAUUUUUUGUGUAGUACCGAUUGCGCUAGUAUGGAGAGAGAGCAGAGACACAAUUCAAUUUUUUUUACAUACUAUUUGUGGGGAAUCCGUUAGUUAUGUACGAGUAUGGGCGUUUGUAGGAUUUUUAGUUUUGUUGUGAACGCAAAAAUUGUUUACUAAAAAGUAAAUGUAUAUAUAAAAAUAUUUUUAAAAAAUAAUUGUACAAAAGUUGCUUAACAUUAGUUUAGUUGAAAAAUAAUUAAAAAUAAUUUUUUUUUU